AUGGAGUCAGCCGGUGCAGAAAUUCUCAUCAGUAACUACAGUGGCUUGUCUUGUCGGUUGUUGAACCUUCUCACCAGCAGUGACCUGUGUGAUGUCCAGUUGCAAGUAGGCGAAUAUAGAUUUGACACCCACAAGUUGAUUCUGUGUGCAAGCAGUGAUGUAUUUAAAACCAUGUUGACCAAUCAGAAGUGGACUGAGGCACACAAGCAGUCAGUUGUACUGGUAGAAGAGCCAGUGUGUGAGCCUGUAUUUGAUAGAUUUGUCAACUAUAUUUACAGUGGUCAGUUGUAUAUUUCUCAUAGCACUGUGUGCCCUUUGCUAACCCUGGCGGACAAAUACAAUGUUCGUGAAAUGAUUCCCUUGUGCCGCUCAUAUAUGCUGCAAAGUCUAGAUGCUCCGCUGACCAGCUCAUGCGUGUUGCAAUGGUGGGAAAAUGCCAACAUGCGCAACGACGUGGAAUUAGAAUCUGCAAUUCUUGAUUAUAUUGAGUGCAACUUUAACAAAGUGAUUCAGACACCAGAUUUUAUCAGUGCAAACUUGGACACUGUGGAGAAGUUACUUGUUAGCUCCAAACUGGCAGUACAUAAUGAGGCCAUGAUUUUGUACGGGGUCAUGGUGUGGUUGCAGUCAUACAUGGACUGUCACCACCCUCCAGUUUACACAGUCAGAGAAGUCGUUUGGAGGUUGACCCGGCACAUUCGUUGGCCUAUGAUGACAGAAGAGGAAUUGAAGUGUAUUAGAGAAUGUGCAGACGUUCAGAGAUUUCUACAGACAUAUGGUUCUUUUAUGUAUCUGCCAAAUAUCAACAGUCGUGUGAUUUCUGAGGCUUCUCUGUCAGAAACAAACACUCAAGAAGCUUCCAUUUUACAACAUCUGACAAAAGUAAUCGAUGACCGGAAUAUAUUCAAGUAUUCUGGUUCAACUUCUGAUCCGUUCGAGCAUAUGAUUUCUGACAAGCAAGGUCAUAGUUCAUCUUCAUGUUCCAAAAUGAGAACAGAUAAUCGUAGCUGGAAGCAGGCAAGUGUUGAGGAGUAUGAGAUCAAUCGGCAGAUGUCUCGUGUGUACACUUGCGAUUACUGGUGUACUGCAUUAACAGUCUCCAAUUUCCUGGCCUUCCCGCAGUAUGCCACGCAGACAUUCUUCUUCUCGACACCGUGGACAGGUUACAGGCAUGAUGACGGGCACACCUUGGACUGGGAGGUAGAACUUUGUCCAAAAGGUGUCCACUUUCCUCCAGCCAUCCUCAUUGGCCUUGAGCGAGAUGGCAAUAAACUGGUGGAUGAGUCUUACAUACGUACUGUGCGGUUAUCUCUGAUGUCAAGGUCACCUCAAGAGCUUCCCCUAAAGGUUGAGGUGAAUGUUCUAGUCCGAGCUAACAGCCUCUCAGAGCCGCAGCGCUCUUUUGUUGAGCGAUGUCACAGGCGGACAUGUAUUUUCGACAGCAAACACCAGCGAUACAACCUGGAUGAUAUUGUGCCUUAUGAGAAAUUUGCAACAUACCUGCGGCCAGAUGGUCUGACACCACAAGUGUACCUGGCACCGACUGUGGCGUUCACUGUCUACAUUGUUAUACGACCUUUACCGUUAUAUUAUUCAAAGUGA